UACACUUCAGGAUCACACUAUGUAGUGGUCACCGGAACGUCAGUGUCCUUCUGAUGUUGCUGCUCGGGCGGAAUUUGGCAUUGCGCAGCUGUGCGUGUGUGUUUAGGUCACGUGGUGUAGCCGGCUGCCGGCAGCAUGGCGGCGGAGGGAGCUCUGGAUCCGGGAGCAGGCGCAGGCAAGAAGAGACAGCGGAAAGCCGAGCCCGCUGUGGAUGAAUCUGAGCUUCUCACAGUACCAGAUGGCUGGAAAGAAGAGCCAUUCACUAGAGAAAAUAAUCCCAAGGGAUUGCUGGAGGAGAGCAGUUUUGCCACUUUGUUCCCAAAGUAUAGAGAAGCUUACCUGAAAGAAUGCUGGCCUUUAGUCCAGAAGGCGCUAAGCGAGUGUUUUGUAAAAGCAGAAUUAGAUUUAAUUGAAGGUAGUAUGACCGUUGCCACUACAAAAAAGACUUUUGAUCCCUACGUUAUUGUCAGAGCACGAGACUUGAUAAAGCUGCUAGCCAGAAGUGUGCCUUUCGAACAGGCUGUGAGAAUCCUCCAAGAUGACAUGGCUUGUGAUAUCAUUAAAAUUGGCACGUUAGUUCGAAACAGGGAGAGGUUUAUUAAGAGGAGACAGCGACUUCUGGGACCUAAGGGAUCAACUUUAAAGGCUCUGGAGCUUCUCACAACCUGUUACAUAAUGAUCCAAGGGAAUACGGUGUCUGCUCUGGGUCCCUUCAAUGGGCUAAAAGAGGUUAGGAAAGUAGUUCUUGAUACAAUGAAGAACAUCCAUCCAAUAUACAACAUCAAGGCUUUAAUGAUCAAAAGAGAGUUGUCAAAAGACCCAGAACUAAGAACAAAAAGCUGGGACAGGUUUCUACCAAAGUUCAAGCACAAAAAUGUGAGCAAGAGGAAAGAACCAAAAAAGAAAAAUGUAAAGAAAGAAUAUACACCAUUCCCACCGCCUCAGCCGGAUAGCAAGAUUGACAAAGAACUUGAAAGUGGCGAGUAUUUCCUGAAGAAAAGUCAGAGAAGGAGGAAGAAAUUGGACGAAGUAAAGACCAAGCAAGCUGAAGCAGUGUCAAAAAGACAGGAAGAGCGAAACAAAGCAUUUAUUCCUCCAGAGGAAAAGACCGCUAUAAAGCCACAAGAAGUUUCCACUUCCACCAAGAUUGAUGUAAAUGCCAUUAAAGAAAAGGUAAAGAAAGCAAAAAGCAAGAAGCUUGGCGCCCUCCCUGAAGCAGAAGUCAAACAGAAAUUGGUAUCUGACAAGAAGAAGAAUAAAUGAUAGUACUGGCUGGGACUAAGUAACUGAAAUCCUGCAAUGUGUUUCCUUAUUCAAUGGAAGAUUUUAUUUUCAUUUUUUUUAUAUCUAAAAUAUUAUUAUAUUCUUCAAAGAAGAGAGUCCUGUCUCUUGAUGCUUUUAUAUUGUGUCUUUGCUAAACCUGUUGCACACUCUUCUGCAUUAGAUACCAAAACUGUCUUUUGAAAGGGGAUUUCACUGUUGAGAGCGACAUUUAAUUGGUUAUAAGGCAUUUAAUAUAAUAGGAGGGUAUAGUCUUUUUUUAAAAGAUACUUGCACCUAACUACUUUUUUUAAGCUAACAGUAUGACCCCUUUCUCUCACCCCACAUAGCAGGACUGUAGUGUCCCAUGUCACUGACUGAAGCAUCCUCUGAUUUUCAGAUGGACAGCAUGAGUAUUAUACCCCGUUCACAUUGCGUUUGCCGGGUCGAACCCGGGAGUUAAAAACGGGUCAUUCCAGGGUGCGACCUGGUAUUGGACCUGUGCAGUGUGAACAGGGUGCUAUCCGGGGGCGGGGACAGAGGCGGCAUCGGGGGCGGGUGCGGAGGCGACGCCGGAAAUGAGAUCAUCUCUGCACCACCUCUCCCUAUGCAGUGAACUGGUACCGGGUCGCAUCGACCUGGGUAACCCGUUCACACCGCGCCUGACCCGGGAAUAACACUUCUUUAUUCCUGGGUUGAAUUACCGGGUCAAGCAACCCUGGAAUUUGGCAGCGACCCGGGAAAAUACCGGGUCGAUACCGGGUUUUUUGUGCAGUGUGAACAGGGUAUCCGAAAGUGACUGCUGAGCUCUGUCCGAUCAGCACCUGUUAGAAGCAGACAGUGUAGUAUUACAUACCCGUCCAUCCUUCUCUCAAUCUGCUCUUCAUUGUCGGCAUGAGAAUCCGGUAAUAGAGCAGUGGUGGAGGCGAGAACUUGCAUACUAUUAGCACUUGCACAGUUCUGUUAGAUGGGCACUAUGUUGGCUGAAAACUGUAAAUAAAUAAAAGAAAUGGGUAGAAUUAUCCUGUUAUCUAGUCAUCAAAUUUGAGAUGUUUCUCAAGAUAUUUUAUAGUUAAAUUUGAUUUUCUUAAAAAAAUAAGUAAAACAAAUCUGCUGCCAUAUCGUAUAGUAUCAUUCAAGAGUCAUAUUAAAGAACGGAUCAAGUAUUGUAUACUCUAGAUGUACUUUAUUUUUAAACACGUGUGUGUGUAUAUGUAUAUAGGGAUGUCAAUAGCUCUAUCCAAGGGGUAAAUUUACUAAGGGAGUUCUAUUUAAGAUGGGAUGUUGCCCAUAGCAACCAAUCAAAUUCUUCUUCUCAUUUAUCUAACACCUUCUAGAAGAUAAUACCUGGAAUAUAGUAUCUAUCAACACACAGUACUCUAUUCCCUUUAAGAGCACAGCAUUCCCACUGCUAAUCUGUGGCAUAUCUUUAGAUGUUUAAGGUUGCCCUCUGUUGUCUACUGCAAAUGUAAGUUGUAGGUAGAAAGUCAGUGAUCCAAACAGCUUCUCUACAGUGUUCAUUUUUGUACAGCCCUGUUUGUGAUUCUAGUGAAAUCUAUUAGAAGACUUGGAUUUACAGUUUCUAAUUUGAAUAAAUAUGUCAAAUUCA